AUGCGAUCCUCAACUCUCUUGCCGGCGCCUCUGGCUCUCUUCAUAUUGCCUCUCGCCUCGGCUCUUCUUCAGUAUCGUGGCGCAGACAUAUCCUCCCUGACAGUGGAAGUGGAUGACGGUAUAUCAUACAAAAAUGUGAACGGAGACGAUGCUACGCUUGAAACCAUUCUAGCCGAUAAUGGUGUGAAUGCUGUCCGACAACGACUAUGGGUAGAUCCCAGUGAUGGCAUAUACGGUCUAGACUAUAAUCUGAAACCUGCAGCAAGUAUGGUCGAUGCAGGCAUGCUGAUCUAUCUCGAUAUGCAUUUUAGUGAUACAUGGGCGGAUCCAAGUGAGCAGACGACUCCUUCCGGCUGGUCGACCACUGACAUUGGCACGCUCACUUGGCAGCUAUACAAUUAUACGUUGGAAGUGUCCAAUGCCUUUGCUGCAGCUUCAAUUCCUCUGGAGAUCGUCUCGAUCGGCAAUGAGAUUGGUGCUGGUCUUUUAUGGCCGCUCGGGGAGGAUUUGCAGUCAUACUUUUACGACACCGUGUUGGCUGAGGGCCCGCUGCUAACAACGGACUUUGACCUGAUGGGCGUGAGCUACUAUCCAUUCUACAGCGAUGAGGCUCUGCUGUCAUCCUUGAAGUCGACCUUGGCCGACAUGGCCUCUACCUACGGAAAGGGAUUGAUAGUUGCAGAGACAAACUGGCCGUAUUCUUGUCCGGACCCCGAAUACGCAUUCCCGUCUGAUCUCACGAAUAUCCCAUUCUCGGCGGCUGGCCAGACGGCGUUUUUGACUGAAGUGGCUGAUGUUCCGGCUGAGACUACAAAUGGUCUUGGACUUUUUCACUGGGAGCCGGCGUGGAUCGGGAAUGCAGGUCUUGGCUCACGUUGCAGCGAUAAUUUGUUGGUUAGUUCGACGACGGAUGUGUUUAGGACGAGCAUUGAGGUUUUCUCGACUCUUUGA